CUUAUGGACACAGUUAGCAUCACUAAGAGUGCAGCAGGUCUGCAAAAACGAGGAGAGAAUCUGCGAGCUCUCGUACAGCGUCUGACGGAGGAUUUAGCGAUGCGUGAAUUACUUCGACAACUGGCCGAAACACCACGUUUGGAGGAAAACUCCACGACUAAUGGAUCCUCACGAACUAAUCCCGAAAAGCUUGUCGGACACAUCUGCGGUGGCUCGCUCAUUAGUGCAUCCUGGAUUCUCACUGCAAAGCAUUGCUUCGAUUCGCAGCUGGAUCCUUCUCUGACGCAAGACCCCUCGCGACUGACGGUACGAGUUGGGGAGUACAAUCUUCAUAAACCGGAGGAAUUCCAGGUGGAUCACGAGGUGGAAAAAAUAUUCAUCUACCCUUCUACUGAGAAUAGCUAUGACAAUCAAUAUGGCGUUUUAGACGACAUCGCACUGUUAAAGCUGAAGCGUCCGGUUACAUUUAAUAAGAACGUACAGCCAGCUUGUCUGCCGUACCCAGGGGAGCAGUUCAAGGCAGGAACAGUCUGCACGGUUGCUGGUUGGGGAGCCACUGAGGAGGGUUUGUCAUUGCUGUCAUUUUUAGGAAGCCAAAAGAAGUUGUCAGGUACCAAAUUGUCCCCGAUACUGCGGCACAUCAACGUUCCUCUGAUAUCCCUCGACGACUGCAGAGACAUAUUCGCACCACUAACCCUCUGGAAUCCGAAGUUCCAAAUUCACACCUCAUUCAUUUGUGCUGGCAACUCGGAGUCAAUGGACGCUUGUCAGUAUGACUCUGGUGGUCCGAUGAUGUGCAAGUCGGGAGUGGAUGGUCAGUACAUUGUGGUGGGUAUCAUCUCCUUCGGCAUAAAGUGCGCCUCCGGCUAUCCUGGUAUCUACACCCGUGUGACCUCCUUUUUGGAUUGGAUUCACGACACCACAAGUCUCUAG